AAGCAACACUCCAGAUUUCUCGUCGUGUGUCUACUCGCGCGAGCGAGCGAGAGAGAGAGCCAGUCGUGCCAGUGCAGUCCCGUCGCGCGCGCCGGACGCCCUUUUCGAGCGCGUACUUUAUUACGUAUACGUUAUACUGAGUCGUCCCGAAAGUACAAGAUUCUUGUAUCAUCAGUGUAUUAGCUGUGUAGUAGAAUAAGCGAGGAUUCUAUCGGAUAGUGACUACAUUACAGAGACACACACACACACACACACAUUGACAGAGAAAAAAGAAGAAGGAUAGCCAUGGAGUGGCGGACGGGUCCUCCGCGAAAAGGCUGCGGCGGCUACUGCCAUAUGCAGCUUCGGAUCCUUAUCUAGAGACUCCUAUCGCACGUCCCGGUCGUCCUUUUGCUAUUAUACACGUAUACACACGAGCAGGAGUAGCCACGGUGUAUAUACAUUCAACGCAGCGGAGAAUCAACAAGUGUCGUCACCGCCGCUCGCGCGCGCGAGACAAGGACGGACGACGCUGGACGACCUAACCUCAACUCUCCUCGAUCGUCGUCGCUGUGCGCGGAGGACCGUCGUCGUCGUUUUUUUUUCUUCUUCCUGUGCUGCAGAUCAAAGCAAAUCGUGAUUUCGCGCGAAACGAUGGUGUAGUGCGCGGUUGAAGAUCGUUUCGGUUACAUACACGCGUACUGUUGUGCUGAUCGUUGUGAGAGUGUCUUAUCACACGUAUAUGCGAGUGACAGGAGAUCGGUCGGGUUUUUAGCGACGAUCGGAGGAAGCAUCGGCGCGACUCCAAGAUGGAAGUCGUCUACAUAGACGAGCGAGAGGACGUCCAGAAGAAGACCUUCGCCAAAUGGAUAAACUCACAGCUUUUAAAAAAUCAGCACGAGCCGAUCGGUGAUUUGUUUUUGGAUCUGCGAGAUGGAAACAGGUUGCUUUCACUCUUGGAAGUUUUAACUUCCAAGUCAUACAGACGAGAAAGAGGGCGUAUGAGAGUUCACCACUUGAACAAUGUAAAUAAAGCGUUGCAAAUACUGGAACAAAAUAAUGUAAAGCUUGUCAAUAUUAGCAGUAACGAUAUAGUCGAUGGAAAUCCAAAACUGACGCUCGGCUUAGUCUGGAGCAUUAUUUUACACUGGCAGGUACAUUAUCACUUGAAAGACUUAAUGACAGAGUUGCAGCAGACGAAUUUGGAGAAAACGCUGCUCGCAUGGUGCCGGCAAACUGUACAGAAUUACGAAGGCGUCGACAUAAAAAACUUUACGACCUCCUGGUCGGACGGAUUAGCAUUUAACGCACUAUUGCACAGGUGGAGACCGCAUUUAUUCGAUUUCAACGCUAUUGCGCGGAAGCAUCCGAACGCUAGACUCGACCAUGCCUUCAGAUUGGCACAGGAACAUCUGUGCAUUGAAAGGCUACUGGAUCCUGAAGACGUUAACACCUCGGUACCCGAUAAGAAAUCGAUACUGAUGUAUGUGACAUGCUUGUUCCAAUCACUACCUCAUUCUGGUCAAGACAUCGAAGGAAUCGACAUUUCAGCGGCCAGUGAUUCAGGCUCUACCGUCACGACACCCGGAAUAGAGGUCAUUAAAAAUUUGCAAGCAACAGUAUCCUUCCCUCAAUUCCCAGUCUUCGAACCGGCGACCUCUCGCCCCUUAAGUCUGGCAACCAAUGUAUCAGUCGAGCUAGGCGGUUACCAAGUAGCCCUAGAAGAGGUGCUCACAUGGCUAUUAGAGGCCGAGGAUGUUCUGAAUCACGCAGCCGAUCCCGGUUCGAGUCUAGAUCAACUCAAGCGACAGUUUCACGAACACGAAUCUUUCUUGGUCGAAUUGUCGCGACAUCAGGAUGGUGUCGGGGCAGUACUGGAAGAAGGCGAGAGACUACUCGCCGAAGGUGGACUGCAAAAAGACGAAGAACAUGAGGUGCGCGUGCAAAUGUCGUUGCUUAAUUCGAGGUGGGAGAAUCUGAGGAAACGCGCAUUGGAUAGGCAGUCCAAGAUUCACCAGACUUUGAUGGAAAUGCAACAAACACAGUUGGAUUCAUUACGACAAUGGCUGACCAAGACCGAAGACAGGAUAUCACGAAUGGCAGGACAUGAGAACAAAUCGCCGUUAGAAGAUCAAAUGAAGCAAUUACAAGAGCUCGAAGAAGAUAUAAGAAACCAGCAAGCAAUUGUCGAUGGACUCAAAAACAUGGUCGUCGUUGUCGACGAGGAAAACUCCGAAACUGUCUACGCUCAAAUGGAAGAUCAACUAUCAGCGCUAGGUGAACGGUGGACACACAUAUGCCAAUGGCAGCAGAAACGUCGUCAGAAUUUACAAGCUCUAUCCUCCUUCUGGAGUGAUCUGACUGAUGAUUACAAAAAGCUCGUUAACUGGCUGAACGAGACAGAGAUAACAUUGAAACAGAUGGAAGCAGCACCAGCAUCGGAAAUCGGUCAGGUACUUGAGCGCAUCAAGAAGCUCCAACUACUCAAAAUGGAAAUGGAUAUGAUCCAAAAGAAGCUUGGAUCACUACAGAAAGCGAUACAAGAUUUUGAAGGGCAUGGGUCGAGUGCAGAGUGUGUAAAUAUGCUGGAGAAACUAGAGAAUUUGGAGGACCAGUGCGAAGCUGUCGGUCAGAUUAUGGAAGUUCAAAGUCAGAGGAUAACGAACUCUGGAUUCGAAUGUGAUCUAUCAAAUCCUCAAGUAGUUCUGAGCUCUACAAAUGAUUGGAUCAACGACUCGAUAACUGGAAACGCUCAUAAAGAAGAGCUUGCUGGAAUGUCCCCGUCGCAUAGUGAUUCCAAGAAACGCCGAAUCGAUAGUGCCAUACGCCAAGAAUUCGAAACGUCUCUCAUGAACCUCUACAAGUGGCUCGACUACGUAGACUUGGAAAUGAGCCGUUCGGAAGGCGUAUUUAAUGAGCUGACCGUCGACGAGAAAAAGAUCGUCUACGAGGACAAUCUAGCGGAUAUUGAGGCUCACCGCAGUGAAUACGAAAAGGUCUUGCAGCUUGGCAAGCAGCUAGUUGAGGAACUGCAACAGGCAAAUGAAAGUUUCGACGAGGAGGAAGGAAAACUGAAGAGCGUCGAAAAUUGUUGGUCUACGACGAAUGCCAGACUCAAGGAGAUCAAGGAGAAGAUUGAUUUCUUAACCAAGGUCAAGGAGUGUAAAGGAGAGCUGACGAGUCUCAGACUGAUGCUUGAUGGGCACUCAAAGUGGUUUGAAUCUAAUCAUGAGAACAGUCAAGUUCAAUUGUUUAGGGUAAAAGUGAAGUCCAUGAAAUCUUGCGAUGAUCGCUUUAAAAAAUUGAAUACUACUGUAACAGAAUUAUCACAGAACGAGACAGCUGGCAAUGAAAUCACUGCUCUAAAAAAUGAAACCGAUACGUUUGUUGCCGAUUGGAAUAACCUUUUAAAGAAAUUGUCAGAUCGAGCAAACGAGUUAAGUAGUGCAGCCGAUAGAACGCCCCCUAAAAAGUAUAAUGAUACAGUCAGUACGUUGUCAUCCUUUAUCAAUAAUAUUGAAAGCGUUUUAGUAUCAGAACACGCUGUCAUGUCAUAUGAAAAAACUAUGCAGGAAAAAGUUACAAGAUUUGUAGAACUACAAACAACUCUGAAGUCUCAUCAAAAAGAUUUCGACUAUGUGAACAAAGUUGGACAAGACCUUAUUUCUAAGAUGAAUGGCGAUGCUCAGGGUGAGAAAAUUAAAGAGGAACUUCAAGAUCUUAAUACAAAGUGGAGCGACAUACCAAUUAUUCUAGAAGAAAGGCUUCAAAAACUUUCGAAAGACAUCGAGUCUUUGAAAACGUUUAACGAGGAGUUAAACAGCCUUGAGGGCUGGCUAGAUAGAUCCGUUGCGCAUUUACGGGAAAUUUCAGAAGAUACUGCUAUCAAAGACGUAGAAACGACCGAAUUCAAACUUCAACAAGUUCGUGAACUCAGCGAAGAGAUCAACAAAACAAAGCCAAGAAUAGAAAAUCUGCAGACUGCCACUAACACUAUGCUUGAGAAUUCCGAGCCGAAUUUCGCGAGCGUUUUAAAUGGCAAACUUGAGAAUAUCUCGCACAAGUGGAAUGCUAUUGUCGACGAGACGAAGGUACAGGGUGAUAAAUACGAAAGUGCUUUGAGAAAGAACGAUGAGAUUAUUAAUGGAAUCGAGGAUUUCACAAACUGGCUAUCCGCUCUCGAGGAUGAGAUUCCUGUCGAAGGCAAGGUCACUUCGUCGGUAGAACUUUUCCAAGCUCGUACGCGUUAUCAAAUCCUUAAAGACAAAGUAGACAUACGUGUUGAGGAAUUCCGUAACCUUAAUGAGCUUGGCAGUGACAAACUUCUAAGCUCUGAAGGUUCAUCAGUGCACGAACUAGGCCGUCGUUUCACAUUUUUGAAUGCCAGAUGGACCGACGUUACUGAUCGCAUUUACGAGAGAUAUAAGCAUUUCCAGAACGCAAGUCACGAGUAUGGUGAAUUUAGGGCUUUGGUGGCCCAAGAAAGCGACUGGUUGGAUAAACUGGAAAAGAGACUGAAAAAGUCGAGCAAAAAUGCAGCUGACGCAGAAGAUAUUUCGGAGGAACUUGAUGAUUUGGAGAAUUAUAUCAGAAAUCAUCCAGACUCCAGGUUUGAGAAAUUGCAAGAGAUCGGCAAGCAGCUUAUUGAUAACGACAUCAUGACACAAUCCAUCCAAACGGAUGUGGAAUCUUUGAUUAAUCGGUGGGCUGAUUUGAAUAAACAGGCCGGCGAGCGAGCCAAGCUGCUGGAGGGAUCGGUGAAGCAGGCCCAACAGUCCGAGGGCCGGAUCCUCGCCCUUCAGCACUCUCUAACGCAAGUAGACUCGGUACUAACCGCACGACUUGACUGUGACCUCACUGCCGAUGACUUGCCUCAUGACUACCAGCAGAAGUUGAUGGAGGAGAUGGACAGCCAGCAAUCGACGCUGGACGAAAUGGCAGCCCAAGUGGAGAGCUAUAAGCAAGCCGGCAAGCAAGAAGCGGCCCAGCGUUUGGAGGAGCAAAUGGGCCUGAUCAGCCAGAAAUUCAUCGAGGUCCAGAGCAAGUUCCAACGGUUCCGCAGUCCGACGAAUCUCGAACCUCGAUUGUCCCGAGCUCUCCGUGAGUUAAGGGGCAUCGAGGAGGCGACCUGUCUGCUGGAGCUGGCCACAGAGGACCCCGAGGCUAUAGAGAGGCAGCUGAAGCAUUGUUUGCGUUUCUAUCAAACUUUAAGCGAAAUAAAGAGCGAAAUAGAAAGCAUCAUCGUCGCUGGCCGUAAGUUAGUUGAGGAGGAAAACGUUGCGGAUCCUGACAAAUUUUCAAAACGUAUCGAUACGCUGAAAGAAUUGUACAACAAGCUUGGAAUGCAGAUAUCCGAAUCAAAGUCCAAUCUUGAAUCUGCAUUAGAACUGUCUCGCGAUAUGUAUAAACAGAUGUCUUAUAUAAAUAUGUCCAUUGAAAGUAUUAACAAAGAGCUUGAUACUCAGAGACACAGGCCCGAUUUGCCGGUGAAUGCAAUCUACGUCACGGAGACACUUACGGAAGUAAUCCCACGAUUAAACGCCGUCAAGGAUAAGCUCUUCAGGACUCAGGAUGAAUUUUCGAAACUUUGCGAUCCAUCUUAUCUUGAACAGCUUAAGGAAAAGCUCUGUGAUAUUAUCGAUAGGCUUGCCUAUACAGAAAAGAGAUUGAGACAGUGCAAUGGAUCUGAGGAGGAACCAAAUGUCGAUGAAAUCAAUGCUUGGUUGUCGCAAAUGGAAGAAAAACUGUCGAGGUUAGACGGUGUACCAGUAGAACAACUUAAUGACAAGCAUUUCGAGCAGUGUAAAGCAAUACAAACUGAAAUCAUGGAAACAAAACCCAAGAUUUUACAGCUGCAGCGUUACUCUUACUAUUCAAAGGUUGCCGAAGUAUGCAGAAGGUGGGAAGAGAUUUCCAACAGAAUACAGGAAUGGAUCCACAGGAUCACAGAUAACAUGUUAAUUAGCUCUAAGACGACGACGAGCGAGUCGCCCAAGGGGAGAGACAAUCGCAGCGCUACGAUGCAGCCCUCAGGAGCAGCGACGGGUUCAGGAGCUCUCGCUGAUGACAGAGAAGACAUGUACGGCAUAGGCUACUUGAAUCCGGCCUUCGACGACAACAACGCCGCCGGCGCCAGAUCAACCGCACGCCCUGGCACGAGCACAACGACGCCAGAAUCAUCGCCCAUUGAACCAACGAUGCGCAGCCAUAAAUCUUCGGCCAAAUCAAGUAACGAUCGAACUCGUAUAAUCGACGUAAGUCGCACAGUUCGACGCAGACUCAACAUGAGUUCUAUCCCCGACGUCGUACAGACGUCACAGUACAAUCGUCAGUCAGAAGACGAGGACGAAUCCGUCAACGUCUCGGACUUGGACAAGGAUGAGUUCUUCCUUUCGAAGAACAGUCGACUCUUCUCGCAAGUGUCCAGCAACACGUUGCAAACGUCGCCUCAGGAGAUGGCUGAUGUUAGUGACCUAGAGAACCACUGCCAGAUGGUCGAAGUCAAAGAGAUGGAAAUUGUCAAAGCUGUCGCGGCGACAAGUAACGAUAGAGUUGUCCUGCCGAGGGCUAACUUUGGUGUCCAGCAGGUGCCACAGGUAGUUGAACGUGUAGAGAUAGUCGAAGACACAGAAACCGAGCCCGAGUCUGUCGACACGGACGAUCCGGAUGAGAUCAAGUCGUCUACUGAAGAAAUAAUCGCCCCUACGAAAAAAGAGCUCGUCUCCAUUCUCAAACGCAACACCUCUACCGAGAGCGAUCAAAAGGACCUGUCCGACCUCCUGGACGAAGCUCUCGAACAGUCGCCUACCAGUUUCCUUCAAAAAGCGAAGCUUCCUCUAGUCACCUCUACUCCACAAGUCACAAAGACUCGCAUAGACACUCAGAGCGUUGCCGAGUACCUGAUCCUCGACGACGGCGGAAACACCUCGUCCAACGGCAGACCAGCGCCACAAGAAACGAAAAAUCUCGAGAGCAACGACGGCGGAGUAAGGAGAAAAGUGACGAGUGGCAAGGAGGUGACCUUCGCCAAGGGCUCACCGGUGCCCAAGAGGACGAAAGUGCAGGAGAUCCGCGAGGACUGCGAUAGCUUCUACGGAAGCGACAAGGAGACCGACGAUGUGCUGAUAUUCUCCGACGAUACGGAGAUCGACGUGGGAAGCUCGAGUUCAGAGGAGGGAGAGGCUAACGGGGAUGAAGCCAAGGAAACGGGGGGAAAGGAUGUCUUGGAUAAGAUUGAAAUAGAAAAGACACAACAACGUGCGCCGAGCAACGCACAGGAACGUGGCGCUUUUAAUGAGAAGAAAUCACCGUCAAGGACUGGACGAGUUUCUAGAGCAGCCUUAGAGAGAGAAAUCAUCGAGUUUGAAGAUUUAGCUCAGCAUAUGCUUAAUAGAAUGGAUAUCAUGCUAUUGACUGUUGGUGGUGUCAAUAACGAAAAGGACCCGACUAGACGUCUUGAGAUUCUCAAGAGCGAAGUAAGCUGCCUAGCACCGGACGCAGCGACUCUCAUCAGUCGAGGGGAUGGCCUAGUUAUGACAGUGCACGCGAGCGACCCAUCUCGAGCCGAGAAGAUCAAACGCGAGCACCAGGACAAACUGCGUGGCAAGUGGCAUCAGGUGAUGCAGGAGUGCGAGACGAAACGCGGUCAGGCCCUCAAGGCUGAGGACUCUCUCCGUGCCUACAGUCAGCUGACCGCCGAGUUGGAGGACUGGUUCCGCGUAGCGCCGCAGAAGCUAGAACAAGCUAAUAAUUACGAGGGUCAACUCGAAGCCUUUACUAUUGAAUUCGAUGCGAGGCAGGAACAGAUCAAGAGGCUCACGCAGCACCAGCAGGAACUGAAGAGGUUGCAUGUCGGGCACAACGAGACCGCGUUUUAUACUAUUAACAGCAGGUGGCAAGAGAUCAGCUCGCAGUUCAAGAGAUUCAGCGGUAGCAAGGAUAAGGAUAAACAACAUUCGGAUAAGAAAGUCGAACUGCCUGUCGGUGGUAUAACCGUUCAAGACUUUGUCGUGCGUGCAACCAAGAUCCGCGAAGCCAUCGCCACGCUCGCCAAGUCCCUCAACUCCACACCCCUCAGUGGCAAGGACUUCGAGCUUUUCAGUGACCAGGACGACUGUCUAAAGAAGAUAAGCAGUGCACUGAGUAUCUUGAAACCAAGCGUCGAGGAGAUGAACUACCUGUGGGAGGGCAUUGUGGAUAACGAGCAAGCGCGCAUGCACAACGACAACCUCAAAAAAGAGUGGACGAUGGUGAACCAGGCUUACAUCGAGCGCUACAACCGUUGGGCUAAGUGCAACGAGAAACUCAACGAGCUGAGAAACUCUUGCUGGAACUUUGACGACUGCUUAUUGAAGAUGGAGGUGAGCAUGAAGGAGGUAGCAGCCAAUCCACAAAGCAAGAUUAACAGGGCUAGGAUGCUUGAACUGGACCACGAAAUACCGAGGAUGCUGCAGACUCUUAACGGUAUUAGCGCGACAAUGGCCGAUAUAACGAACAGAUCCUCGCCUGUGGACGUCAAGGAUUGGCAGAGGGUCAUCGAUGAUUUGAAAGCAAGGUGGCAGAGCUUCGUCACCGAUUGGAAUAUUCAGAAAAGCAGGUCCGGAGUCAUGGGUAAGCAGAGAAGUGCCAAGCAGAUUCUGGACGGAGGUAAUAAUUUGGUGAGCCAGGUGAACUCGCUGCUCGUUUCCACGGCUAAUCCCUCCGAUGAUACUUCACUGUCGAUUAGAUUGUCGAUGGUCAAGGCAAGAGAAAAAGAAUUGUCCGAUCAAAUAAAGGAAAUACAGACUUUGAAGAGUCAGCAAAGCUCCGCCGUCAGCGACGAAGAGUGCAAUAAACUAAUCAGUAAUCUAGAGAAGGCUCACGUCGGCAUCUCGUCUCACCGUGAGUACGUGGAGAGCAAAUUGACUUCUCUCAAGAAGUACGUGCAAAGUUUGGACGGCGUUAUGGCCUGGGUGAUGGAGACUCGCACGAGGCUCAGCAUCUCACGUGAGCUGCCUCAACAGGAGCGCAUCAAGGCUAUUGAGAACAUAAUGGCAAGUGUGGAAGAUCGCCAAAUGGAAGUGAAAGACGUAUUGGAAAAUUAUACGAACCUAGAAAAAGAAUGCGAAUCGGCGAAGCAGACUGUCUCCAUCGAGCUUCAAGAAAAAUUGAGGAAAUUGAGAGACGACUGGAAUUUUGUGAAAAAUCGUGGUGACAUUGAACUCGAGUCCUCUUCGCCUGCCGCACACGUUCCGCAGAGGGAGCGCGAGCGCAGCGUAGGUGCGGCAGCAGUAGAGUCGUCGUCGUCUGCAGCAGCAUCAGCUGGAGGCGCGCGCGCCGACUCCCCCGGCGGCAGUAGUCCCGCCGGUGGCUUGCCCCACUCCAAGAGCGCAGCCCAGCCAGCGCCGUCAACCAGCCUCGACGGCCAGCUGCUUCAGAUACGUGACUGGCUCACGGCGAGAGAAGACAUGAUACGCCAACAGGUUGUCGUGGUCGGCGAUGUCGACAACAUCCUUCAGCUCAUCGACAAACAGAAGACGGUCCUGCGGGAACUGGAGCAGAAGAAGCCGCAACUUGACGAGCUCGUCCACACGGCGGAGAACCUGCGAGCCGACACCAACCGGCAGCAGUUACACGGCAAGGUGACGAAGCUGCGGGAGCACUGGAACGAGACGAACUCGAAGGUGAUGCAGCGCAAGACCGAGCUGGACGCCAUGCUCGGGGACAGUCAGCGCUUCGAGGCUAAGCGCAGCGAGGUUGAGGUUUGGAUCUCACGAAUGGAGACCCGACUCGAGCGGAUGCGCGCAGUCGGCCACACGGCCGAUGUCCUCGAGGCUCAGCUUCGCGAGCAGAAGUCGUUCCACGCCGAGCUGCACCAGUACAAACACCAGAUCGAGCUGUUCAAUUCGCUGACGCAGAAGCUGAUCGCGGUCUACCAGCAGGACGACACGACGCGCGUCAAGAAGCUCACAGAGACAAUCAACCAACGUUAUAACAAUCUCAAUACGAGCAUCAUCAAUCGCGGCAAGCUGCUGCACUCUGCGAUGAACUCGCUGCACAACUUCGACCGUUCGCUGGACAAGUUCCUCGCUUGGUUAAGCGAGGCUGAAUCGUCGACGGAAACACUGGAGACCGAGGCUGAUCGACUCUCAGGACGCAGGGAUCAACAGCAGGCGCUCGCACGUUCCCAGCUACAGCUUAAGGAUCUCCAGUCGGAAAUUGAGACGCACCACGACGUGUAUGCCUCGCUCAACGGCACCGGUCGCAAGCUCCUCAGCUCGCUCGCCAGCCAGGAUGACGCGGUCAUGCUGCAGCGCAGGCUCGACGAGAUGAACCAGCGCUGGCAUCAUCUCAAGGCGAAGAGCAUGGCCAUAAGAAACCGCCUGGAGAGCAACACCGAGCACUGGAACGCCCUGUUGCUGUCGCUGCGCGAGCUUAUCGAGUGGGUGAUCCGGAAGGACACCGAGCUCACGGGUCUCGGCCCUGUCUGCGGCGACAUAGCUGCUCUUCAGAAACAGCAGGACGAUCAUCGAGGAUUCCGGCGACAACUCGAGGACAAGAGACCAAUCGUCGAGAACAGUUUGCUGAGCGGCCGACAGUACAUUGCCAAUGAGCCGCCUUUGUCGGACACCUCGGACUCCGAAGGACGCGACCUCGACGGCGACUCUCGCGGCUACAGGAGUGCCGAGGAGCAGGCGCGCGAGCUCACUCGCAGCAUCCGCCGUGAGGUUAACAAGCUGUCGGAGCAGUGGAACGCCCUCAUCGAGCGCAGCGACGCCUGGAAAAGGAAGCUCGACGACACCGCGAGCAAACUAUGCGUCUUCCAAAAAUCCCUGGAGGAGCUGUCAUCUCGACUGGCCGGCGCAGAAGCUCUGCAGAGCGGUUGGCAGCCAGCGGCGGCAAACGGCAAUCCCGAGGCGGCGGAACAGCUCGAGCAGCUGCACAAGUUCGGCGAACGUCUCGCCCCGAUACAGAGGCUCCUCGAGGAGGCCAACGAGCAGGCUAGCGCCUUUGCAACCAGCAGCGUCAUCGUCUCGCACGCGCUACUCGCUAAGCUCGAGGACCUCAAUUCUAGGUGGAAGGUGCUGCAGGUGGCAGUAGACGAGCGCUACAAGCAGCUAAGCGGUUUCGGUAAGGACGGCAGCACCCCGGGCAGCCAGGCCUUCCUCGCGAGCAGCGUCGAGCCGCCCUGGGAGCGAGCGCUCACACCCGCCAAAGUGCCUUACUAUAUCAACCACCAAUUGGAGACGACGCACUGGGACCACCCGAAGAUGAUCGAUCUCAUGUCUUCGCUCGCGGAUCUCAACGAGGUGCGCUUCUCCGCGUACAGGACGGCCAUGAAGCUGCGAACGGUGCAGAAGCGACUCAGCUUGGACUUGCUGAGCCUCUCGACUGCACUGGAACAGUUCGACUCGCACGGCCUCCGAGCGCAGAACGACAAGCUCAUCGACAUUCCCGACAUGGUCACGGUCCUCACCUCCAUCUACGAGCACAUAGCUGCCGAGAACCCGACGCAGGUCUCGGUACCGCUCUGCAUCGAUCUCGCCAUCAACUGGCUGCUCAACGUCUACGACAGCCAACGAACCGGCCAAAUACGCGUCCUGUCCUUCAAGGUGGGCCUGGUGUUGCUCUGCAAGGGACACUUGGAGGAGAAGUACAGAUAUUUAUUCAGACUGAUCGCGGAUCCGAACCGCCUGGUGGACCAGCGCAAGCUCGGUCUGCUGCUGCACGACUGUAUCCAGGUGCCGCGUCAGCUGGGCGAAGUCGCGGCCUUCGGCGGCUCCAACAUCGAGCCCUCGGUGCGUAGCUGCUUCGAGAAGGCUGGCAAGGACAAGAACGAGAUCGAAGCCGUGCACUUCCUGAGCUGGCUGCAACAAGAGCCUCAGAGCAUGGUCUGGCUGCCGGUGCUACACAGGCUCGCCGCUGCCGAGAGCGCCAAGCACCAGGCCAAGUGCAACAUCUGCAAGGAGUAUCCGAUAGUCGGCUUCAGGUAUCGAUGUCUCAAGUGUUUCAACUUCGACAUGUGCCAGGGUUGCUUCUUCUCCGGGCGCAAGGCCAAGAAUCACAAGCUCACGCAUCCUAUGCAGGAGUACUGCACGGCGACGACAUCAGGCGAAGACGUUCGCGACUUUACGCGCGCGCUGCGCAACAAGUUCAAGUCGAAGCGUUACUUCAAGAAACAUCCGCGAGUCGGCUACCUGCCGGUACAGACAGUCCUCGAGGGCGACGCUCUCGAGAGUCCCGCUCCAUCGCCUCAGCACAGCUCGCUCAGCCAAGACAUGCACUCGCGUCUCGAGAUCUACGCAUCGCGACUCGCCGAGGUCGAGCUGUCUCGCACACGCAGCAACUCCACGCCCGAUAGCGACGACGAACACCAGUUGAUCGCCCACUACUGCCAAAGCCUCAAUGGCGGCGACGGCGUCAACGUGCCACGCAGCCCUGUGCAGGUGAUGGCGGCGAUCGACGCAGAGCAACGCGAAGAACUUGAGGCGAUGAUCCGCGAGCUGGAAGAAGAGAACGCGACGUUGCAAGCAGAGUACGAGAGGUUGCGCUCGAAGCAGACGCCGGGCUCGACGCCCGAGGACGGUGUACACCCGGGCCGCCAACCCGACUGUGAUAUGAUCGCGGAGGCGAAGCUACUACGCCAGCACAAGGGCCGACUCGAGGCACGCAUGCAGAUACUCGAGGACCACAAUCGACAGCUCGAGGCACAGCUUCAGAGACUGAGACAGCUACUCGAGGAGCCUAAUGCCGCAUCACCCUCCAAGACUGGAACGUUGCAGACGCGAAGCGUAACUGCCUCGCAACUAGCUACUGACUCUCCCGCUAAAAUGAACGGUCACUAUCACGAUUCUCCAGGUGGUGGUGGAGGCGCGGGAGAAGGGCGAGUAAGCAGCUUAGAGAGACCACCGCCGCCGCCUCAUUCUCACAGCGUAACUCAUAAUGUGGGCAACCUCUUACACAUGGCAGAGGAUUUAAGCAAAGCUGUCGGCAACUUGGUGACAGUCAUGACUGAGGACAACAAGCCGGAGACCAACGGCCAGCAGCAGCAGCAGCAACAACAGCAGCAGCAGCGUGCUCCGCCUCCGGCUUUUAAGUGAACGCGAAAAUGAUACAAAUAUACAUAUAUACAUAUAUAAAUAUAUAUAUAAAUAAUAAAAACAAAGAAAAUUAUACACAAAGUUAACACGAGAACAUAAAUCUUCAAACGACACACAUAAGGGAACAGAUACACAUCAUACACUUUACAUGAGUACACACUCAUACGAAAGCAAUCAAUUGUCGCGCUUUAUUCACAGAAUGAUAAGUAAGUGGGUGUGAAAGUCGAAGAGAACAUAGAAAUCAUAAUCAACGCUGACCCAUUAUAUCGCAAACUAAUCAUCGCACACUUUAUAUCGUUGACCAAGAGCGACAAGUCUGGUUUUAUUGCAUAUCAGAGAGACAAGUACUAAUUUUAUUGCGCGUGCUGAACGAGACCGCGGCUAGUGAGGAUUUAAAAAAAAUUAAAUUAUGAAGAGAAAAUAAGAAACACACUUUCACACACACACAGGGUCAAAGAAGUAAAGAAGGGACUUUUUAGAUCCGCGUUGCGCGAUGGUUUUGGGUAUUUUAUAGAUUCUUUUGUAUAGCCGAGAGGACUACUCUUUUAUCGAAUAGAGAAGAUGAGACAGGGAGGACAAACGAAUGAGUUCUUUCGAAGCUCCCUUCCCCGUCGGGUUGUGCGCGAGGGGAGAACGACCUUUGAAACUACAUAUUGUGACUCGUCAUAUCAUUGCCAAAAAAAGAGUUAAGGAGAAACGCUAGAGGAACGAGAAAAAUGUUAUGUAUUGUAAUAAUCAGAAAACGAACGAAUCGAUUGUUAUACGCCUGCUAUAGCUAAGAAGUAUAUAAGGAAAUUAUUAUUAUUAAACUUACUAAAGAAGCGAAACGUGAAAAAGGGGAUUUAACGAUUAUAAAUAAAUAUUAAACACGAAAGAAAAUGAAAUAAAUUCAAGUAAUAUUAAAACUAAUGCAUGCAAAAAACAAGCAAUGUGUCAAAUCGCAUACUCUUAUAGGCUGUAGAAUUGUAAUUUACACGCCCUAUGUCACUUGCAAUCCUAAACCCCCCUUUUUUCUUUUCGUUUGAUUAAAACCUAUUCUAAAUGCCCAAUAAACUUUUUAACUGGGGCAUUUACAUUUUACUAAAAUGCAAAACAGAUAUUAUACAUGUAUACACACGAACGCAUAUAAUGUACUGCAAACAAAUGUAAGAAGGGAAAGAGAAAUCGAAGACCAAAUCGAAACGACGCUUCUCCCGGCACGUGAACGUAUAUUAUUAUAUAUCGAGGACGAUUUCCUGCGACUUUUCUAGAUUUUUUUAACGAAGAAAAAGGAAGAAUACGACCUACAGCAAAACAUGCUAUUUUGGUUUUUUGACUUCCGUUCCACUAACGAACGAAUGUUAUGUAUAUGUUUAAAGAUAUUAAUAAACUAUCAACAAAGCA